AUGUCUGUUGAAGGCGCUUCUGCAUCGCCCAUCCCCAUUGAUGAUCUGAAGAAGAUCACCGUCGAGGCCUGCGAGAAUGCCCUCGAGAAAACCAAGGGAUACGAGCACGACAAUGUCGGCACCUGGAACUCCCAGAUUAUCAACUCCAUCCUCAAGGCCUUGAUCGCCGCCACUGCACCUACCGAAGCCUCCAAGCCCCCUCCCUACCGUUUCACCGUGAACAGCACAAUCGUUCAGCAGGGCGUGAUUGACCCGUCCGUUGCUGCCGAUGGCGCUCUCAGCAAUGCUGGUAAGCGUGGUAUGCACUCCGCCUCCGGAGCCUUCUGGGAUGUCAACCGCGACGGCAUGUGGACCUUCAAGUACACCGGUGCUGAGGAUCGGGGGAUGGAUAUUGUUGUUUGUGUGACAUGGUUUGCUGUCGUAUAA